ACUUAUGGUUAUGCGCAGGGGGCGGGGCCAUGCCCGGGGAUUGGCUGCGGGGAGGUGCAGGGGGCGGGGCCGCGCCGCUCCCGUGCCGCCCGGUGCGCGCUCCCCGGGGCCGGGGCAGUUCCGCACGCCGGUGGCCGCAGCGCGGCGCUCCGCUGCCGGCUGCGUGUCCCUGCCUGCCCAUGUGCUUCAGCAUCUUCUGCCGGCCCCGCCCCUCACCUUUCACCGCCCGGGGAUUCCGCGCGGCGCUCACCGGGAAGCCCCAGCGGUGAAAAGGGCGAGCGCUGACCGGCAUUGCUGAGAGAGCUCUGCGGGCGCUGCCCGGCAGAGCUGAGGGGUCGCACCUCUGGGAGGGUCCGGAAAGUCCCGCCGCCCCCAGGUUUCCCCGCCGCCCCCGGGAUGACGCAGCCAGGCCCCCCGGGGGCGGCGGCUAAGGGCCGGUGCCGGGUGUCCCCCGCUCAGUCCCGCCGGCCGCGCCGCCCCGCUCCGAGCCAUGGCUCCGGGCCGGGCGCUGCUGCCCGCGGCGCUGCUGGCGCUGGCGCUGAGCCCGGGCCCCGCGGCCGCGCUGCCGUGCAUCGCUGACUGCCCGGCGGGUAAGGCCCGGGCCGGGCCGGGCCGGGGCGCGGCGCUCCGGGCACGGCCCGCGGUGACCGCCGUGUCUCUGCCCGCAGGUACGUUCGCAGCGAGCGCGGGCUGCGGGCGGGGAGCGGGCGCGUCCUGCCUGCCCUGCCCGGCCGGCACCUUCUCCAGCGCGGCGGGACGCGGCGGCUGCAGGAUGUGUCGGCGGUGCGAAGGACUGUUUCAGUAUUUAAAGGCGUGCUCCCCAACGAGAGAUGCCGAAUGCACAUGCAAGGAGGGCUAUCGCUGCGGCGGGGACGGCUGCGCCUACUGUGCCCGCAGCUGUGGCGUGGGCCAGGAGAGCACCAGGAGCGGUUGCCAGACCUGCCGCUAUGGAACCUUUAAUGAUCGGCCCAAUGGCUCCUGUAAAAACUGGACAAUGUGCUCUGGAAACCAAGUCCUGGAACCUGGAACUCCAGCAAAAGAUGUCAUUUGCAAACACCCUUCAGUUAAUCCCACUUUAGUCACUACUCUACCUACCACAUCUCAUGAAAUUCCGUUUUCUAUCACUGUGCCAGGGAAGGAGGAUGUUCAGACAGACAUGAUCAGGAUUUCUCUGGCUGUGGCUGGGCUGUCAUGCCUAAUGUUUCUGCUGCCUUUGUGCAUCUGCUUCAGUGUCUGGCACAAGAAGAAACUACCUGCUGUCUUCAAGAAAAUGCACACACUUGAACAGUCCGUUCAGGAAGAUGAUGCCUGCAGCUGCCACUUCCCUGAGGAAGAACAAGGUGAAUAUCAGGACCCUGGCAAAUCCACAGAAUCCAGAGAUCUUCUGGUGAACUAGAAAUUGAACUGUCCAAGUCAGCCACAUUGGAAUUUUCUUUUGGAACACAGAACAAGAACGUGUUUAUGUAAAUAGAGCAGGUGUCAGCAUCUGAAUGUUAGAGCAGUAAAUAGCCCAGCCACUGAGGAAAAAGUGUUUUUUUAAUAUUUCUUAAAAAAAAAUAAA